GCGUUAAUGUAGCACGUCCAUUGGCGGAUAAUCGCACGUUAUAGCGUUGUGCUACUCCACCCAAGUACUUGCCUGUUCAUUAAGUAUAAAAAGGCUGCUUGGCUAGUUGUCUGCACUUGUGCAUAACAGACUGAACCUUCACGUAAGAAUUGUUAAAUUAACGUACUAUACUCAACAUGGCAUCGCAAGGUGUGGUGCUGUUGGCUUGUCUACUUGCUCUCUUCUUCGUCGUUACGUAUGGACGUAACGUAGAACGAAGGCAAUGGUCUGUAGGAUACACUCAUGCAGUGCCAGGAAAAAGAAGCAGAGAAGCGGCGCAGAAUGAUCCUCAAGCGUUUCCCCCAAUUAGACCUGGGAAGCGUUUCAAUUCAGGAUCUGAAGUAGAGGUCGACAAUGAUCAAUUUCCUAUCGUUAGACAGGGAAAACGCCAGUGGAUGAAGAACUAUAACCCAAUGUUGCCUGGAAAGCGAAGAAAUGAAGGAGAAGUCGACAAUGAUCAACUUGGGGGCGGUCUUCCUAUCGUUAGACAGGGAAAACAUAAGGAAAAGAAGUCUAAAAAGUGUAAUAGCGAAAUAAUCUUAAUUUCAGAUCAACUGGAUGGAAGUUUCUUAGACAUUGAAUAUAAAGAAGGCAAAUUGAAGAUUUCAAUACAUAUACAUAUUAUAAAAUGAAGAGUAUUAAAGCCAAACGGGAAAUUUCAAAUGAAAAAAAAAAAGAACAGCAAGAUAGUUUUAUUAAACUUUACCAGAAUUAUAGAUAUUAUUUUGAGCUAUUAAUUAACAUGUAUUUGAUUUUAAUGUAGAAUCAAUAAACGUCAAUAAUUAAUGAUU